AUGAACAAGGAAGGCGAAAAAGACUGGGAUGCAAAAUGGGAAAGCUGGAAAAACUGGGGCAAAGAUGAGAAGAAGGAUGGAGAAGGGGACAAAAUGAAGAUGAUGAUGGAGAUGAUGAUGAAAAUGAAGAUGAUGAAAGAAAUGAUGGAAAAGAUGAAGAAAGGCGGCGAUAUGAUGGACAAGGAAGGUGAAAAAGACUGGGAUGCAAAAUGGGAAAGCUGGAAAAACUGGGGCAAAGAUGAGAAGAAGGAUGGAGAAGGGGACAAAAUGAAAAUGAUGAUGGAGAUGAUGAUGAAAAUGAAGAUGAUGAAAGAAAUGAUGGAAAAGAUGAAGAAAGGCGGCGACAUGAUGGACAAGGAAGGUGAAAAAGACUGGGAUGCAAAAUGGGAAAGCUGGAAAAACUGGGGCAAAGAUGAGAAAAAAGAUGGGGAAGGGGACAAAAUGAAGAUGAUCAUGAAAAUGAAGAUGAUGAAAGAAAUGAUGGAAAAGAUGAAGAAAGGCGGCGACAUGAUGGACAAGGAAGGCGAAAAAGACUGGGAUGCAAAAUGGGAAAGCUGGAAAAACUGGGGCAAAGAUGAGAAAAAAGAUGGAGAAGGGGACAAAAUGAAGAUGAUGAUGGAGAUGAUGAUGAAAAUGAAGAUGAUGAAAGAAAUGAUGGAAAAGAUGAAGAAAGGUGGCGAUAUGAUGGACAAGGAAGGCGAAAAAGACUGGGAUGCAAAAUGGGAAAGCUGGAAAAACUGGGGCAAAGAUGAGAAGAAGGAUGGAGAAGGGACAAAAUGA